UAGAAGCGGAAGAUGGUAAAAGAAGGCUGCUCUCUAAUACCGGGCUGAAAUCGCCGGGCGCUGCAUAAGAUUCUGCGGUUAGAAGAAUUGUUCUCUCCUUGUUGCAGGGCUCAAAUCAUGUAGAAAAACAGUGUAUUCUGAUCAAAUGAUUUCUAGUGGAACUUCUCAGAAGGCCCUUUGGGGGUCUAUUUUAUUUUUGUUGUUAUCUGACAAUUCGAACAACGAGUGAACAAACUAAAUGAUAGAAAUUUUCAAAAUGAGAAUUUUUUGGAACUUGGUGAUUGGACUUCUUUUUUGUUUUCUGCAAUUCACCGCUGCUUAUUAUCAAGGGAAUGGAGACAUUCAAAAUGAGUAUGUCCGUACAGGCAGUAACGCUACUCUGUACUGCCAGCCGGCUACAGAUGUGGACAACAUAAACCGCAUUAUUUGGUACAAAGAGGACAAAAAGAUUGCUGAAGUGAUAAAUGGACGGAGGACGUUUUGGGAUGCUGGUACUCAUGUCAAUCUUCAAACCCACAACAACGCCCUGUAUUUCCGCAGAGUCACUUACCCAGACAGUGGAGAAUACUAUUGCGAAAUCAAUGGCAAAAGAACAAGAAGUUCCUUGGCUCGACUACUGGUUCAAGAUAUUCCGGAUCCUGCUGGUAUGCCUCUGAUAAUGGGUUUCACUUCUCGCUCAGUCAACCUAUCUUGGGCGCCAAGUACGGACAGCCAUAACAGUCCUAUUCUUCACUACAUCAUUCAUGUUAGAGUUAACGAGAUGGGCGAUUGGGACUCUGCCAUGGGCAUCAUGACUCCAGAUAACAAGACAUCUUAUCAUGUUAUUGGAUUGCAGCCAUACACUGUAUAUUCUUUCCGAGUAACGGCAGUCAAUGCGAUUGGAGCUAGUGAGCCUAGUAAAGAAUCCUAUUAUAUGGUGACCUUAAGAGAAGUGCCGGAUGGAAAACCUACCAUUACGAGUGCCGUAAACGUCAGUAGUACAUCAAUUCGCCUCAAGUGGGAGCCACCUCCUGAGAAUAGUAUUCACGGGGAGUUUAUAGGUUACCGUAUAACCUACCGACCACGAGACCGGCCUGAAGAGGAGCGUGAGAUAAUUCUUCGUCAACCAACUUUGAAGGAAUAUACCAUUAGGAAUUUAGAUAUAUUUACUCAGUAUUUGAUAUCUGUUCAAGUUUUUAACCCUGCUGGUCAUGGUCCAGCUGCCACUGUUGCUGUAAUGACUGAUGAAGGAACUCCUUCUAAACCUUUAAAUUUUACAAUUGGCAAAGUUGGUGACAGCUCUGUUCGACUCCGUUGGCAAGAACCCGAAAGCCCAAAUGGCAUUAUUCUUGGAUAUAGAGUUUAUUUUCAACAUACAGCACUUAAUAUUACGGAGAUGCGCAAGGCACAUCAUCCUCAGCCGGUUAUGGACUAUGUUCUUUCAAAUUUAAAACCUUUUAGCCAUUAUAAAGUAUGGGUAAAUGCUUUUACGUGGAAACAUGAAGGUGAACCAAGUAAAGUAUUAGAAUUUGAUACUGAUGUUCAAGGUCCAAGUGCGCCAUAUAUUGUCAAUCUGACUUGCCAGACUCUAGAUAGCUUGUAUGUGCAAUGGGAAAGACCCCAGAUUUAUUUCAAUCGAAUUGAUUACUACUUUGUUCACUAUCGAUCUGAAAAUAACUGGGACUUCGAAGAAAUUGCAAUGGCAUCUCCUCAUGAAAGAGCUAUUGAUAAUGGAAUGUUCAUACCAAAUCUCACUGCAAAUACUAUGUAUGAAGUCAAAGUGAGAGGAGCAACACGAAGUGUCAUUGAACAGUCAAAACUUUUCAAAGGACAGUUCUCCGAGCCAAGAAAAGUACUUCUUCAAAAUAAGUGUCCUAUGUUUAAUGGCGUUCCUUACUCAGAUUCUUCUUUAAGUGCUGGCAUGAUUGCAGGUGUAAUGUGUGCAUCGUUUGCUCUUCUUUUAGCUAUUGUGUCAUUUAUUUUAUGGAGGAAAUAUUUUCAAGCUGCUUACUAUUAUCUUGACGAUCCUUUGGGAAACAGAGCAUCUCCACAAUUGUCGGAAACUUUUGAUGAUUCGGAAUAUGCUGCUAUUCCCGUACACCUUUGGUCUAAGCAUGUUUCAGAGCUGCAUGCAGAUGGAGAUAUUGGAUUUUCUCGAGAAUAUGAGGCGAUUCAGCAGGCAACAGAUCUUGAUCUUUCUUCUGAGCAUUCACAAAUGACAGAAAAUAAAAAUAAAAAUCGUUAUGUCAAUAUAGUAGCUUAUGAUCAUACAAGAGUUAUACUGAAGCCUUCUCAGGGACAAAAGAAAAUGGCAGACUAUAUUAAUGCUAAUUAUAUAGAUGGAUAUAAUAAGCCUGCAGCCUAUGUUGGCACUCAAGGACCACUUCCAUCUACAUUUGAUGAUUAUUGGAGAAUGAUUUGGGAACAAAGAGUGUACAUUAUUGUUAUGAUUACCAAUUUAGUGGAACGCGGCAGGAGGAAGUGUGAUAUGUACUGGCCUAAAGAAGGAACAGAAACGUAUGGCAUCAUUCAAGUGCGAUUAGUUGAAGAAUUAGUAAUGGCUACUUAUACAGUGCGCACCUUUGCUAUACGCAACAUUAAAAUGAAAAAGAAGCAGAUGUGUGAAAGAAAUGUUUAUCAGUAUCACUAUACAAAUUGGCCUGACCAUGGAGUUCCAGAUCAUGCAUUACCAGUUUUGAAUUUUAUUAGAAAGUCAUCCAAUGCGAACCCAUCGAAUGCUGGUCCAAUUAUAGUCCACUGCAGUGCUGGGGUUGGAAGAACAGGAACAUAUAUUGUACUAGAUGCCAUGCUACGCCAAAUACAGCACAGGCAAAGUGUGAAUGUUUGUGGUUUCCUAAAGCACAUCAGACAGCAAAGAAAUUAUUUGGUUCAAACAGAGGAACAAUAUAUAUUUAUUCAUGAUGCGUUGUUAGAGGCUAUUGAAAGUGGUGAAACUGAAGUUCCAGCCCAUCAGUUUAGUUCAUAUUUAGCUAAUUUAAAUAAUCCUAUGAAUGAAUCUGGGGAGAAAACUCAAACUCCUUUAGAAAAACAAUUUAAGUUGGUAACAUCAUUUAAAGCACGGGAUUUCAAUGUGGUAUCAGCUCUGAAACCUUGUAAUAAAGGAAAGAAUCGCUCUCUUAAUCUCAUUCCACUGGAAUCAUAUCGAGUCCAUAUCACCCCAAAGCCUGGUACUGAUGGAUCUGAUUACAUUAAUGCUACGUUUCUUCCGGGCUUCCAUAAAUUGAGAGAGUUUAUUAUAACCCAACAUCCAUUGCCUGGAACAAUACCCGAUUUUUGGCAAAUGGUUUUCGAUCACAAUUCUCAAACUGUUGUAGUUCUGUCUUCAGUUGACGACAAGGAAUAUCCAUGCUUUUGGCCCAAGAAAGGUGAAGAAACUGACCAUGGGGGAUUCAAAAUUAAAAUGGUAGAAGAAUCUAGUCAAGAUAAUGUAAUGACUAGAGAUUUUAUCAUGCAAGCUACCCAAGAUGAAUACGAAAUGACUUGCCGUAUUAUACAGUGUCCUGGUUGGCCUGAAAGUUGCUCUCCUCAAAGCAAUGUUUUUGAUUUAGUACAGGUUGUUCAAACAUGGCACCUGGAAUAUCAGUAUGGCCCCAUCAUUGUUGUUGAUAAGCAUGGAGGAACUGAAGCAGCAGCUUUUUGUUGUCUUACGACUCUAAAGAAACAGUUGGAAUAUGAAAAAUGCGUUGAUGUUUAUUUGCAUGCAAAAUUGUACCACAUGAGGCGACCAGGCAUAUGGAAAACACAGGAUGAUCUCAUGUUCCUCUACAGAGCGCUAGAAAAUAUUAUUCCUACUGGAUCUUCUGAAACAGAAUCUGCUCUAGGUAAUGCAACUAAUGGUCAUGUAAAUGUGAACAGUAAUGGGCAUGCUGUAAAAUUAGCUUCUGCCAGCAGUAAAGAAUCAGCUGCUGCAUGAUGAUCAAAUAAACAAUUUCGCUAAAGGAUUAAAUGUUUGUCCUUUUAAAAAUAACGAACUGCAUUAUCAGUGAUAUAAUGAAUUCAGAUGGUACUCAUCACUCCUCAAAAGCGUUUCUUUGGAAGUCAAUUUUUUUGUGCAAAGUUUUGGUCUGAUGAGAUGAUCUCAAUGUUGAAUAUAUAAUCAAUACUGAUAUCAUCAGCCUGUUGAUUUCAGACUAUCAAAAACUAUAACAGAUAAAUCAUCUGUAAGAAAAUACUAAGGUUUAUAUUUGUUCCCUUAAAUAAGAAAAGACUUCUAGAAAAAUUUAUGGAAUACUGGUGUUGCAAGUGUUCCAAGAAGUUCCAGCUCCUGCACUGCCUGUGUACAGUUGUGGUAGCUAUGAGAUUGUUGAUGCCAGGUUUUGUAUCCUGUUACAGUUAAUUCUGUCUGAGUUACUGCCCCUGCGUUAGUGAAAUCAGACUGAAAAAAAAGAAAAAAAAAGAAGAAAAAAAAAAAAGAAAGAAAUGAGCUAGUCAAGAGCUAAAAAUUGAAAGCUUUGUGCUUGCUCAAAUAAUCCCCCCCCCCUUUCUCUCGUUGUAUGAGCUCUGAUUUCUAUAAGCCAAAAUGGAAUUAAUCCUUUUGUAUGUUUAACAAAAUAACUGCAGGCAUUUAGACAAGUGCACUCAGGGCGAGUCUUAAAAUCGUGUUAAUUUUUUAAUAGGUGAAGAUUUCCAUUAAAUAUCUUCUUCACCUAUAGAUUUUUUAAACGAUUCCUUAUUACAAAAAGUGCUUUUGGCUAUUUGCCUGUCAUUUAUUCUUUGUUAUUAAAUAUAUUGGUUUUAGUGAAAAUGGACUUUUAAACAAAUUUAAAUGUUAUUUCAUUUCAAGAUCUUAUUACAAUUUUUUGGAAAUUGACAAUUGGCUUGUGAGUACCUGUCACCAUUUAGUAAAAAAAUAUAUCGCACAUGUAUUGAAAUAAUGUGAUUUUUAAUUUUUCUGUGUCUAAUAUAAGGAAAAUGCAAAAAUGUGUAUGCAUAUUUCUUUAUCGUUAUGUGAUGUUUAAAAUUAUCAUUUUCAAAAGCGUUAGAUAAAUACCAUAAAUUUGCAUAUAUUUAAUACCAGUCAGAGUUUUUUUUUGUCAUACUCUAUUGUAGUUGUGCCUGUAGUGUACUGAAUUGUGUAUUUUGAAACUUCCAUUAAGAAAAAAAAAUUUUUGUACAUUUUAUGCAUGUAUAUUGUGUAGGUAUUAAACUGCUUUAGUAUUAGUUGGAGCUGUAUACUUUGCCAAAAAGACAUCAUUGGAACUGUAAAUUUCAUAUGAAUUAAAAAUGAAAGAAAUCAGAAAUGAUGUGAAAUUGAGCUACAAAGCAGAAGCACUUUAUUUUGUCUUAAAAUUUUCUUAGUUCCUGAAAAGUAAUUGUAAAUAAAAUCUACUGUAUAUCUGUUCUGUUUUGUACAUAUGUAAGUGGGCAUUAUAUGUACACACUAUGCUCUUUUGUGAAUGUGCAUGUAUAUAUGUGCACAGACACAUGCUUUGCUUAAAUUUAGGCAAGAUUGAAAGAGGGCUCUGAAUUUAGUUUAAUAAAAAUAAUUCUUAUGUUUGAACAGUAUUAAAUAUCAAAUAUUAAAUGGUUUUAAUAGCUAUAUGAUUGAUAUUGUACUUAAACGUAUUUUUAACUGAAUUCUGUCAAUUUUUUAAAAUGUUGGAUUAAAUUAUUUUGAUUAAUAAAUAACUCUACUGCAUUUCGAUCAUUUUUUAAAUAUUUUUUUUUUCAUUUCUAUUUUAUCUGCCUUUUUUAGCUAAUUGAUAUUAUUAUCAAAUGUAUCUAUUUUAUUUUAAAUUUGCUUCAACACUUCCUAGAAUCUUGCCUAUAAAUUUAAGUGUUAUAUAUAUAUAUAUAAAUAUAUAUAUCUCUUUGUUGAACUCUAUAGAUGUGUAUGUGCUUCUGCAGUUUUGUAGGAAAUGUUUAUGUGGUGUGCUAAUAAGCUGUUUCUCAGAGCGUCAGUUUAGGAAGUAAAAUAUUUAACAUAAAAUGUGAAACUCUAUCUGAUGUUAUAUGAUGGGGAGAUUUUAUUUUCUUUAGAAGAGAUUCAGUACAUUGGUAUACAUAAGAUUACAAAUACAUCUUAGAUGGAUAGCAGAGAAAAAUUUUAAGUGUAGGAUUAGCAAAACUCACUGUAUUUUAAUUUCAUUUUUGAAAUAGUGCGAGUUUGCAAAUAUAUCCAUUUUUUACAGAAUUAUAACACACUCUGUAUGCUGAUACUAAUGAUUAUUUUUCAAAUACAGAGAUGGAAAAUAUUUUUAAAAUCCAUAGUGAAACUCUUACUUUCUACUAAUACUACUCUGCACUCGGAUCUUUUUUCUGUUUUGUUUUCCCCUGAAAACAUACCUUAAAAUUUAAGAUAUAAACUUAUUUCUGGCGAUUGUACGCUUACUUUUUCUUCGUAAACAAAAUAAACAGAACUAUUUAAUGUAUUUGAAUUCUAUUUCCUUCUUUCAACUAUGAUCAUGAAUUACAUGAGAUAGCCCAAGAGAGAUGCAAUUAUUUUAAGCAUUGUAUUGAAAUAGUUACCCUUAUUUGAGCUACAUUCUUUAACAUUUCUAGUAAGAAGUUUUAAGGAGAAGAUUUUGAUCAAUGUUGAAAAUAUAUAUUUGUAAAUAAAGAAAUAUACUCAUCUAUGUAGGUGCUGGCUUUAUGCCUCAUUCAUUGUAAUUUUUUCACCAAACCGUAGGUUAUAUUUCUUGUCAUUUGGUUGUGUACGUAGAAUAUGUAUUAGUUUCUAUAAAUAAUUUUUAAUACUUUGUAGUAAAAAGAAAUAGGUAUUUCAGGCAUUGCUUUAGCACAUUUUUGCAUGAAUGAAUUUUCUUAUAUUUUGCUAAAUAACUAUUUAAUAACAGCAAGCUCAUAAUCUGGAUUCUUCCUACAUAAUUAUAUCCCAGUAUUUAUAAAUGUGAUGCAUUUUAAUUAAACAGAAAUAAUUUGAAUUACAUUGAAUUUUUAUAUUCUAACUAAGCAAAUGCAAAUCUUUUAAUAGUUUUGCCUUUAUUAGUUCUUCUUACUAAAGGUUCUACCCUACAAAUUGCAAAGAAAAAAAAAUAUUGGUUUAUUUUAAGGAUUAAAGAUAUCAAAAUAUAUUGAGUUCAUAUUUUAACAUUCAAAACCGAUUCCUUUUCUUUCAGUAUGUUUACACUUGACA